GUAAAUUGAAAUUCUUACGUGGCAGUGAAGUAGUAUUACUAGAAUCCUUAAAGUGACCUUUUUUUGAAUUUCGGAAUUGAAUGUACUAGAAUGUAUUUUUUAUUUCUUCAGAAUCUUUACUGUAAUUAUAAAAACUAUAAUUAAAUCCUAAUUUAACUUGCAUAAAAAUCAUUGUUAAACUUAAGAAUCUACCUAGUCUUUUCGAAACUAUGUAAAAAUAAAAAGAAUGGUGUAAUUUCUAAAGUACUAUUAAUCUAUUGACCAAUCGCAAGACAGCAUCUAAUUAGUUAUGUUGCAUUUUCUGCAGAGGUCGCUUGCACCUGCAAAUGUUGAUGUCAAAGAAUAAAGCAUUCUUUUGUAAAUCACACUUAGUAGACUUAUUCUGUUAAGCACAGGAGAUGUGCAGAAAUAUCUGCAAUGUAAAAAUCUCUUGCAUUGAAUUCAUUAAUGUAAGUUUUCGUUCUUUUUGAAAUUUGUAUAAUAACCGACAUUUGUGCACAAACGCCUGCAGGACAGUAGUGCAUAAUAACAUCAUUGCUCCGAAAUUUCGUAAAAUUGUAUACAAUGUACACCGUAUAAUCCGGAGGUUCAAUUAGUAAAAUUUCACCAAUAUUCAAGGAGACAUAUUUUUACGUGGACAUUAUGAGCGCGAGUGAUCUUUGGCUGCGUGAUGUGUUCACAAAAUACGGACUUAUUGUUAUGAUUGUUCUUCUCGUAUCAUUUUGGAUAAACUAUAAAUGGUCGAAAGUUCGACGAAAUAUCUACAAAGCUUAUCUUCUGGGAUUUGAGACAGAAUGUGCAGAACUUGCUGAUUCGUAUAAAAGAAGAUUAUUUAGAUCUCUGGAUCAAAUUGUUUCUCACGACGAAACCCUACGAUCUAUGGGUCAAAUUCGUGUACUAGAAAUUGGAGUUAAGACAGGUGAAAAUAUCCAGUAUUAUCCAGACGGCACUCAAUUAAUACUAGUCGACUGGAAUCGAAAAUUGGGAAAUUACCUGAUUAGCAGCGAACGAUCCUGGCAAUUUUCACACGUCGAUUUCGAGCGACAUAUUAUUGGAGAUGGAAGUUCAUUGAAAAAAAUCCCGACCGGCUGUGUUGAUGCUGUUGUCACAACAAGAUCCCUUUGUUGCACCACUUCUGUCACUGACACACUCAAAGAAAUUUACAGAGUACUUGCACCGGGAGGGAAAUAUUUUUUCAUGGAGCACAUUCCGGAGACUGAAGGAACAUUUACAAGGUGGAUUCAAACAGUUCUAACCCGGACGAACCUCUGGCCUCUUUUAUAUGGUGACUGUCGUUUAGACUGUAACCCAAACAAAGACAUUGAAAAAGCAGGAUUUCAAAAAGUAAUGUGGAAGACAGUCGUUCUCCAAGGAUACGUUUCUCACCCAAUCCACUUAUUUCUAUCUCGUCGACAUCUAAUCGGAACCGCUAUUCGAUAGAAUAUAAAUAUAAAAAUAAAGUAAGCCUACUUACUUUAUUAUUUAUUUAACCCUUAAAGUAUUCAAACGUGUGCUGUUCC